CCCGGAAGCGUUGCCAUGGCGGCGGCUGCGCUCCGCGGCCUGGGGGCCGCACUGGAAACGCACCGGGGACGGGACCGGGCUGUCCGUGCCCUGUCCUACAGCCUCCAGCUGGUGGGGGGAGCCCUGCCCGGGCCCAGGGGGCUGCCGGGGGGGCUCCUGGCUGCUUCUGCCCAGCUCAGCUCCUGCCGCACCGUCCUGCGCCUCUUCGACGACCUGGCCAUGCUCCGGCACAGCUGCAGCUACGGGCUGGGCCCCAAGGACGAGGAUGUGCUGGUGCGGGGGCUCAGUGUGCUCUGCAACGUGGCCAACCAACUCUACUACCCUUGUGAGCACCUGGCCUGGGCAGCUGAUGUCGGAAUCAUCCGUGCCGCUUCCCAGAGGUGGUGGACCCUGAGCACAGCACUGUGGGGCUCUGCCCUGCUCUUGGGAAUCCUGCGGUCCCUGCAGGUCUUGUGCCAGUUGAGAAGAAAACUGAGGCAGCACAAGUGCAGCACAUCUUCAUCUCAGAGCCAGAAGUUGAGAGCCCAGGUGAAGGCAGAGGUUCUGAGCAUCCUCAUGGACACAGCAGAUCUUUCCAAUGCCAUCCAUUGGCUGCCUCCAGGAUUCCUCUGGGCUGGAAGGUUCCCUCCGUGGCAGGAAAUUUAUGAAUCACCUUUCAAAGGAGCAAUCAAAUGGAUGCCGAGAUGGGCUUUGCAGUUACAGUUCUGGGCGUUGCCAAUAAUAAACGACAGGAAUCAAAGGUGGCCUUGAGUGAUUGUUCCCUCUGAGAGCAGGGAAAAGUUCUUUAGCUGGUUCUGGAAAGCUCCAGGGGUCAGAAAACACAAGUGCUCUGUGACCUGCAGCUCCCCAUGUGUUAACAGCCUUCCUCCCACCGAAAUAAAUCCGAGCCCCUGACUGGCUGCCAUGGAAAUGCACCCUUUGAAAACAGUUCUGUGGUGUCCCUGCACCAUUCCAGGGGCUUCCGUCUUGGUUUUGUUGUUGCUUUUGGCAUGGAAAGGGGGAGCUGUGUCCUGCCUGUGUUCAAAGAGCAGAGGAGGUCUGGAUGCUCUUUGUCCUUUGCCCUGUCCUUGCUGUUUACCUGGACCUUCACCCUGCAGUGUCCCUGAGGAUGCCUUUCCUGGCUGUGCUGGGAAUUUGGUGCCAGAUUUACAGGUUUUGGUACAAUUCUGAGCGUAGGCAGAGCUUACUUGCAGGAGAUUCUUGUUUUUUUUCUCUACUUUUCUGAGUCCUGUGCCUGAACAGGGAGAGGAAGCAGAUCCUUCAGCUUAGGGACAGCUGUGGCUCUCGCCUGGUCCUCUCACCCACCAUGGUGACUCCUGUUGCAGUUUAGUUUUGAUAAUAAAUCAGAUUAUUUUUGUAUUCUUAACCCUAUUAAAUCAUUCCUUCAGGACUUGCUCUUCUGCUCAGCACAGGACGAGAUGUAGCUCUAACUCUUCAAUAAAAAGACCCUAAAACCCCCACCUAACCUCUGAUGCCAAAUUUGUAAAGCUCUAAACCUUGCUUUAAUUUUAACAUACAGAAAACUGCUCUAAGUGCAUUUGCUUCAUCCAAUUCCUCAUGAAAUGAUUUCACGUUACAGCUGGUGGAGCUGAAACGUGCAGAGAUAAAGCAAUACUGGGUGAUUCAGAA